GAAGAGCAGGAUUCAUGAACCGGAGGAGGUUUGUGUCUGGUUCCGCGAGUGUUCAAGCUGUCGAGUGAGUGAAAUCAGCGCUUUACUGAGACACUAGUCAAAAUGCCUGGCGCUGAUAAAGAGAUGGAUCUGUCCGAGCGCAUCGAGUCGUUUCUGUCCGAGCUCAAGCGCUGCGGCAGCGGGGCAGGAUCACUCCGGGGCUCCGCGGAAACUGCGCGAGAAACGACCGCUUUACUCCGCAAAAUCACCGCGCAGGCCCGCUGGAGCAACGCCGGUGAGCUGAUGGAAAUUAUACGGAAGGAGGGCAGAAGGAUGACAGCGGCACAGCCGUCUGAGACCACCGUUGGUAACAUGGUCCGCAGGGUGCUGAAGAUCAUACGAGAAGAAUAUGCCAGGUCCAGAGGCAGCAGUGAAGAGACGGAUCAACAGGAAUCUCUGCACAAGCUGCUGACAUCUGGAGGCUCCAGCGAAGACAACUUCAGACAACCCUUCCCUCAUCUCAAAGCCAAUGUCAUUGAAGCCAUCAACGAACUGCUGACAGAACUGGAGGGCACCACAGACAACAUCUCCAUGCAGGCGCUGGAACACAUUCACUCUAAUGAAGUCAUCAUGACCAUCGGCCGCUCCAGAACAGUGGAGGCUUUCCUGAAAGAUGCGGCGAGGAAACGCAAAUUUCACGUCAUCGUUGCAGAGUGUGCACCCUUCUGUCAAGGUCAUGAAAUGGCCACAAGUCUUUGCAAAGAGGACAUCGAGACAACGGUUAUCCCAGACGCGGCCAUUUUCGCUGUGAUGUCAAGAGUCAACAAGGUGAUCAUCGGCACACAGACGGUUCUGGCUAACGGGGGUCUGCGGGCGGUUAACGGCACACACACACUGGCUCUGGCUGCCAAACAUCAUUCGACUCCUCUCAUCGUCUGCGCUCCCAUGUUCAAGCUCUCGCCGCAGUUUCCCAAUGAGGAGGACACGUUUCAUAAAUUUGUUUCACCACAUGAAGUGCUUCCCUUUACUGAAGGUGAGAUCUUGUCUAAGGUCAAUGCUCACUGUCCGGUAUUCGACUAUGUUCCUCCAGAGCUCAUCACACUGUUCAUCUCAAACAUUGGGGGGAACGCUCCGUCAUACAUUUACCGCUUGAUGAGUGAACUUUACCACCCUGAAGAUCAUGAACUGUAGACCGAAAAAUAAAGAAUCUUGGACUUGCAUGUCUGGGCUUUUAAGAUUCUGUGAUUGUGAAUAUUUAAGCUACUGAUCCAUAUAUAAAGAGUAAA